AUGCCGUCGUCGACUGCGCCAGAGGUGUCCGUUUCCACGGUCGCCGCCACGGCAACCUCCACGGGGCACCACAUGCUCAAGAUCGAGGGUUACAAGCACCUCAAGGACAUCCACCGCAACGGCAGCUGCUUCGAGUCCUGCCGGUUCGAGGCAGCAGGCCACACUUGGAAGAUCUGUUGCUAUCCCAAUGGGAACCGCAGGGAUGCCGCCGGCUGUAUCUCCCUCUUCCUCGCGCGUGACGACGACGAGGACAAGGAGGGGGAGAGCGCCGGCGUCGUCCACGCCGAGUUCCGGUUCGCCUUGGUAUACCCCCGCUCCAGGUUGCUGCCGUGGCCACCGUACGCCAAGAGCACCACGUGCACCUAUCCGAGCCCCAACAGCAGCUGGGGCUUCCCGGGGUUCAUCACCGUGAAGGGCCUGGAGAAUACGGGGUUCCUUAAGGACGACUGCUUCACCGUCCGGUGCGACAUCACCGUCGUCGAGAAGUCGGCCGUCAAGGAUGAGCUCGUGAAGGCGGCGGACAUGGAGAGGCUGGGGAUGCUCUGCAAGUGCAAGGACGACCUCUGCAAGCGGCACCACCGUGCCUGA